AUGGAUUCCGAUGGAUUUUUGGUUUCGCUAUUGAGCGGCGCAGCUGCUGGUACGUCUACGGAUCUUGUUUUCUUUCCCAUUGAUACAUUAAAGACAAGAUUGCAGGCCAAGGGAGGGUUUUUUGCCAACGGGGGGUAUCAUGGAGUAUAUAGAGGACUAGGAAGUGCGGUGGUCGCUUCAGCUCCGGGUGCUUCCUUGUUUUUUGUCAGUUACGAUUUUAUGAAACAGGAAUUGAAGCCUUACUUCAGAAGAUAUUUACCCAAUGCUUCCGAGCAAUUCAUUGAAACUUCUGUACAGAUGUGUGCUUCAACAAUAGGCGAAAUAUCUGCAUGCAUGGUUCGCGUGCCAUCCGAAGUGGUCAAGCAACGAACACAGACGCAUAAGACAAAUUCUUCAUGGCAAACGUUAAAGAAUCUACUGAAGAAUGAAAAUGGUGAAGGUAUUCGUAGAAAUCUUUAUCGUGGUUGGUCCACAACAAUUUUAAGAGAAAUUCCUUUUACUUGUAUUCAAUUUCCAAUCUAUGAAUUCUUAAAAAAAAAAUGGGCUCAAGCUACUGGAGUUACUAGAGUAGCACCCUGGCAAGGCGCAAUAUGUGGUUCCUUCGCAGGUGCUGUUGCAGCCGCAGUAACCACCCCCUUAGAUGUCCUUAAGACCAGAUUAAUGCUCAACCAUCGCUCGGUCCCCAUUUUGAAACUAGCCAAAACGAUCUAUAUCGAGGAGGGUGCUAAAGUUUACUUUAGCGGAAUUGGGCCAAGAACUAUGUGGAUUAGUGCUGGAGGGGCAAUCUUUUUAGGUGUUUACGAGACUGUUCACUCCUUACUAACCUAUAAAUCCGACCUUAAUGAUAGACUUUUGUAA